CUCAGGUAACAGCCAGAGCUCUGUGCAGGUUGAUUACAGACAAGGCAGUGACGAGGGGAUUGAGGGAAAAGGGUAAGAAAUGAAGUGUCAGACACUAAGCAAUUCCUGAGCCACUUUAGAGGGAUCAGAAUUCCCGGCCCCUCUGCUUGUAGAAGCAAAAAGGACAAUGUGGGACUCACACACACUGAUCUAAACCUCAAAUCAAUUGAAAAGUGGCUGGGUGGAGCUCACAGAACUUAGAUCUGACUUUUGCUACGUGUUGGUUCAGUGUUACUUUCAGUUUUGCUGUUAGUCAUCUCAGACUUACAGGAAGAGAAAAGGCGGGGGGUGAAACACGGACUGAUCACCCUGUUUCUUCAACUUCCCCGAGACCGUCCCAGGAAUGGCAGCUCUCAGGGGUGGAAGGCAGGCAGCUGAGGUCGAUUGAGCAGCUCCCAGGAAGUCUUGGUGAAAGUCCAGCAAUUGAGCCAGUCGUGGUUGGGAAUAAAUCUCCCGCUAUGAGCGAAGGCGAAUUCAAAGCUGCUGUCCAAGAAGGAAACCUUAAGAAAGCAGCUUUGAUAGCACAGAAGAUGAUGAAGUCAUUUGGAUGUUUCCACAUUGCUGUCGUCGGGAACGCAGGCUCCGGAAAGUCAUCGUUUGUCAAUGCCUUUCGGGGCUUAGGUGAUGACGAUGAAGGACCCGCUGAGGUCGGGGUGGUGGAAACAACAAUGCAGCCAACCCCAUAUUCACAUCCUGAGAACCCUAAUGUUUUCUUAUGGGACUUUCCAGGAAUCGGAACGCCAAAUUUUCCAUCAGCCAAAUUCGAGUUGACUGUUGCAUGUUACAAGUACGAUUUUUUCAUUAUCAUCACAGAUACACACUUCAAAGAUAUCCAUGCCAGCCUUGCACAGAAGAUUCGUGAGCAGAAGAAGAAGUUUUAUUUUGUGUGCUCCAAAGUGGACAAGGACUUGGAUGCUGGAAGGAGGAAAAAAAUCUAUAGUGAGGCGAGAAUCCUGCAGCAGAUCAGAGAUGACUGCAAAACCCAUCUGCAGAGAGCAGGGGUGAAUGAUCCUCAGGUUUUUCUCCUCUCCAACUGGCAAUCUGACAAGCACGAUUUCCCCCUCCUGAAGGAAACUCUGGAAAAGGUGCUCCCCUAUCAUGAUACACGGCAAAAGCUGCUUAAUAUCUCGAACCAGACCCUGCAAGAAAAGAAAGAAGCCAUGAAGAAGACCACAUGGAAACCAGCUAUCUUGUCAGGUGGUCUUGCUGCUAUUCCUCUUCCAGGCCUUUCUCUUGUUGCUGACAUUGCUAUCAUGGUGGAUUGCAUGAGAGAUUACUGCAAGGACUUUGGCCUGAAUUCUGAGUCCCUUGCUGCACUCGCUAAGCAGGUUGGGAAGCGGGAGGAAGAUCUGAAGGCCGUGAUAAAGUCUCCACUGGCCACAGAAAUAACAAUUGACCUUGUACUGACACUGCUGUCAAAUGCCGCAGGUGGGGGAGUGAAAUAUCUGUCUUUCUUGGGCAAGAAUUUUAUACCAGUGCUUGGGUCACUGAUUUCUGCACACGUUUCUUUUGGCGCAACAAUGAUUAUGCUGGAUAACUUUAUAAGAGACCUUGCUGAAGAUACCCAAAGAGUCCUGGCAAAGGCUUUGGGGGAAGAGGAGAAAAAAUCAAAAUAGCAUCACUGAGAAACAAGGAUGCCAUUUAGAAGCCCCUCCCCUGAGUUUCGUACCCUAGGUGUGAGCAACACUGCUUCCUCCUCUUCCUCCUCCCCUCAGCAGUCAGGAGUAAUUUGGCUCACUCUUCCCCCCUCCCCUCCCUGGGCUGGCUAUUCUCUGAUCAGCCAAUAGGAACGCAGAGGUGUAUCUGGCAGAGCCAAUAGCAGGGCUAGGAGCUUCUGCGGCACCUUUCUCAGAUUCAUUCCUGGACGCGGUGCUGAGCUCAGGUGAGCUUCGCCCUCCAACGUGCCGCGCCUGGGGCCGGGCGCAGCCGCCUCCUGGGGCGAGGGAAAGGGGAAAGGGCUCCUGGGGCAGCGCGAUGGAGGAGAAAAGGCUGGCGCAGGUACCGCUUCCAAACACUGACCCCCCCCCCCGCCGGUGACACUGUGCCAAUGCAGGGAGCCAGCCCUGAUCCCCAGGGAGAUCCUCACCUGCUCCUGGGAGAGCCCGGCUCUGCCCUCCUUGCCCCUUGGUCCCCGCCAGAGGGCGAAGUACGCAGAGCCUGGGAACGUUUAGAGACCCUGCGAGCUGGGGGCAUUCUCAGUCUCCUCCUUGCUCAUAGGUUGCCCCAGGCCAGAAGGGACCGUUGUGAUCAUCUCCUCUGACCCCCUUGUAUUAAUUCUAAUGAACAAUGCCACAUUAUGCAGUAUUCAUUUCUGAAAGUUUAUAAUAAGCAAUGCUCCGGGAGGACGGGAUGGCAGAGGAAGGGGGGACACAAGGUGGAAGUUUUGCCUAGGGCGCAAAAUAUCCUUGCACCGGCCCUGGCCCUAAGGAGCAUAUGGAGGUGACCUAUUACUCCAGUUCCACACACCUUUUGUGCAUGUAUGUUUACCUGUAUUAAUCUUGUAAAUAAGGAACUCUUCUGUCCUUUUCUUAAUUAAUAAAUCCUUAGUGGGUUUAUUAUAGGAUUGGCCACAAGCAUUGUCUUUGGUGCAAGAUCUAACGUGCAAUUGACGUGGAGUAAGUGAUGGGUUCUUUGGGACUUGGAAUAACCCAAAUAUUGCUGUGAUUUCAUAGAAUCAUAGAAUCAUAGAAUAUCAGAGUUGGAAGGGACCUCAAGAGGUCAUCUAGUCCAACCCCCUGCUCAAAGCAGGACCAAUUCCCA